UGAGAUUUCUUAAAAUUCGUUACACUAACCGGCAUUUUCACCAAAAGAAAAUCAAGGAAUUGUUGUUGUAUUUAUAUACAUAACCCAGAGAAUUGAAGUGGGAACAGUUAUUAUUUGAGUCGCUGUGUGCGUAUGUGUUUGUAUUUUAUUCGACAAGGAGUGUUAGGUUAGGUCAAGUGUUUACUAGUAAUUUUUGGUGAAUAAAUUCCCUAGAAAUAUAUAAAAGCAAUGUUAAAUAAUUGAAAAGUAUUUUGGCAAAGUUCAAUGGUAGACGUAAUGGUGAUGGUGAUACAAUAAGCAAUGACAAAAACAACAACAACAUAACUACUUGUCACUGAAUUGUUGUUGGUAAUGGAAGUACCAUUAGCUGAAAUACGUAAAAAUUUCUUGUAGGGUUUCAUUAUUAUGUUUUUGAAUUAGUUGCGGCAUAACAGAAAUUCGAAAGAAAAAAGGAAAAGCAAUACCUUAGUUUUGCAAAGAAAAAGAAUUGUAAAACGUAGUACGUUUUGGUGGUGAUAUCAAGUCUUGCAGUACGGCUGAUGGUCAAAUUGAUGUUACUCGGAAAAUUCUAGCAUGGAUUUUAUAUUUGAAUGUUUCUACACGGAUACUUUGGAUAAAAUCAGCCGCAAUGGCCUUCAGGAUCGUUCAUCCCGACGAGAUGUUUUGGACCAUUUGAAUGCCAUCAUUGGUGGCUGUAGUGAUGGUCAAAAUAUGCACACCGAGGAGGUGGCCCGUAUUGCUGUACUCUCUGCUGUCCGUUAUCAUCGCGAGCAAAAGGACGCAAAUGGAGAUGUCUGUUUAAUGGGCAAAUACCAUAACAUCUUGUAUAUUGCCUUGCGUACUUGUUGGGAUUGGGGUGUUCGAGAUUCUGCGGUUGUUGUGGUCUUGCUGGAGGAAAUUUAUGCAUGCGAGAAGACAUUCGAACGAAUAUUCUUGGGUGCCUUGUUUGGUCCCAAUGCACCACAUUUCAUUGCCGGAUGGCGUAGCGAUUUUCGAGAUCAGGAUGAAAACACCAGGGCCAUGGUCUAUUUUUUACAUCAUGCAACAAGUCUUGAUAUGACACUGCCCUGUUGGAUAGCACGUUACGAACAGGAACGUAUGGUCAAAUUCAUUGAUAUUCCAAUUGAGUCCUGUGGACGUUCAUCGCCAUUACGUGUGGCAUUACAAGCGAGUGCACCAGACUUGUUGUUAAUUUUAUUAAGAUAUGGCGCCAAUCCUAAUCCACCGGAUGGUGGUUCAUCAGCUGUACUGGCAUUACUUGAUAAAUUGACUGAAAAUGGCCGUAAUUAUGUUUAUCAAAAUGUCUCAUGCUUGCAAAUACUUUUACGUAACAUACCGAUGAUUGAAUUGCCAUAUAAGGAAUACGAUCGUGAGCCCAUUAUUUAUAGUACCAGAAGAGAAAUGUUCUUUGAGCGUUAUGGCCGAUUACUAAUUGACAAAAUUAUACCAAAGGAACAGGUCUAUGGCGUUAUGUCACUGAGGCACUUGUGUCGUUGUCGUAUACGUGAUUUGCUGCGGCAUAAUGGACAAUUGCCCGAUGGCAUUGAUACAUUACGCUUGCCAAGACGUCUGCAGCGUUACAUCGAUCUAAUGGAGGAAAUCGAAGGACCCGAUAAGGAUAAAGACAAUGACGAUGACGAUGAUUUUCCCACCACGAGUCGGGCGAGCCAAAAGAAAAAAGUCACUAAAAAGGGUACAACGUUGGAAAGUGCCAAAAUCCUAAAACCAAUCGAAGAAGAAGACCGGCCAAUAACAUCAUUGGCAGCUACAACGGCACGAAUGGAGCCAACACCAGUCGUAGUAGUAACAGAGCCUGUUGCCACAACUGAGGCAAGCGAUGCAGUUAAUGUAACAAACACUUCGACUGAAUUAUCCACUACUACCACCGCAAUUACUGAUACCACCACCACUACUACAACUACAUUAGAGGAACAAGAACAACAGCUAGACCAACAACUACAAACCAUUAGCAUUUCAGAAUCUAAAGAAGAAGAAGAUGUCGUCGUUAGCAUUUCAGAAGUUAAAGAAGGAGAUGCCGUCGAAAUGCCGGCACCCUCCACGUCUCCUGAUGCUGAGGAUGAGGACAAUGACGCCACUCCAGUGGUGAUUUUCGAUAAACCUUUUUCAUUGUGAUUUUCUUGGCAUUUUCAUUUGUUUUCUCGUGUUUUUUGUUAUUUUCAUCGAUUUAUUUUUUGUUCGUUUGCCAAACGGAAAAACAAGUUUCGACUUUUCUUGUUUAACGACACUUCCUUAACAAGAUUGAGAAGAAGAGCCAAAGUUCAAUGUAAUACCAUCAUUCACUUGUCGCAUUUUUUUCUUCCUUUUUGGCGGAGCGAAAGUUUUUUCUACCAUUCGCCAUCGAAAAAAAAAACAAUAACAAGAAAUCCUAGAAAUUGACUGAACUUACCUGUAGGUGUAUUCACUGACAUUAAUGCGGCCCGGUACUCCUGUUGUCUCCGUGCGACUGGUCAGAUUAACAGUGUUGCCAAAUAGACAGUAGCGCGGCACACGAUUACCUAUAACACCGGUCACCACCUCACCCGAAUGAAUGCCAAUUGUAAUUUGCUAAAAAAGAAGAGUAGAAAGAGUAAAUACCAUAAGAACUACGAACUAGUCAUACGAAUAUAAAAAUCAUCAUCAUAAUAUAGUAUUACUUUGUAAGCUAAGUAGAAUUUGGAAUGAAAUGUAAUAAAAAAAAUUUGGUGUCAAAAAUGAAAAAAA